AUGCCACCUGCAAAAGAUUUACCCGUGCUCCCUGAGCUCGAAUUCAAGGCUUACUGUGAAGACAGUGAUUUCCAAGUUCAAUGCAAGCCUGAGCCUUACAAUCGCUCCCAGACAGUGAUCUACCGUAUUCAUGACAAAAAGUGGUGGAUCAAAAUCACAUUACACGGCGCAAUCCCAUGGUCUUCUCACAAAAUCUGGCCAAGACAACUCAAGUCCAAACGUGAACGACGCAAUGAAGUGCAAGACCUUGUCACGAUGAUCGAUUUCCAAUCGCUGGUGCUUCUGGAUGAUACUGUCUCUGAACUUAUUUUGAAUGACCCAGAGACAACUGACACUGCAAAUCUGUGUCUGAAGCCAGGAGUUACCAAUCAGCCAAGAGUCAUCGGAGAUAUGAAAUAUUACAUUCGUGAGGAUCCUUUGAGAGUGAGAUAUCUAUUACCCGCUCAAUUCCCGUCAUUUCGAGCUGUCGAAAUCUCUGAAUUGAUACAAGAGAUUGAGAUAUCGGCUGGAGUGUUUCGCGUUUUCCACAGAGGUGACAGGAUGCCAUAUGUUCUGAAGAUAAUCGAUCGCCCUUUUUACGACCCGCAAGAUACGGAUGUCAUAAAACAAGAACUAGAGAACCUUGAACAGUUCAGAGGGGCAAGAGGCAUAGUCCAGUCUGUUGGUGUCGCAGUGCUCACCAAUCCAUACGCAACCUGCCAGAAAGGUAGUCAACGGCCUGAGAUGGUCAUCAGUGGUAUUUUGUUGGAGUUCUAUAGCGGCGGAUCCUUGAAACACGUCCUGAAAGAACAACAAUUCAACAAUAUCAGCUGGGAGGACUGGGCUAUCCAAAUUGGGAGUGCGUUGGAUACUAUUCAUCGCGCAGGGAAAACCCAUAUGGACUUGAAGCCAUCGAAUAUCGUUUUAGACAAAGAUGGGAAUGCGAUUCUUAUUGACAUUAGCGGGAUCGGUGGAAUUACGCAUGGAUGGCAAGCUCCAGAGAUACAUGAUGAGAUAACACCAUUUGAUCUCCCAUUUCAAACUCGGCAAUUGAAUGACAUUUGGACCUAUGGGAAGAUUCUAAAGGAAAUAGCAUCAGCGGCUGGAGAUUGCACGUUUGCGAGAGCUCUUAACAUGGUUGCAGAUCAUUUAACUGAAGAUGUUACUACUCGAUGGACCUUAUCUGAAGCAAUUUCUCAAUUGAGAACCUCUCGUUAUUGA